CGAUCACGUGAUCUACUACGUGACUGAGGUGCGCUCUUCCGGGAGUAAGCCUCGGUCAUGUGACACUGACGCCGGUCACGUGAGGCUUGUGGCGCGCCCUACUGAAGCGGAGCUCCCUCGCAUGAACUCCAUAUGGACAGCGAGAUUAAGAGAGAUGGACGCAUUUUAGAUUUGGUUGAUGAUGCUUGGAAAGAAGAUAAAUUACCUUAUGAAGAUGUAACCAUUCCACUGAAUGAACUUCCAGAGCCUGAACAGGAUAAUGGCGGAGUAAUGGAGUCUGUCAAAGAGCAGGAAAUGAAAUGGGCCGAUUUGGCACUGCAGUAUCUGCAUGAAAACAUACCCAUGUCAGGGACUUAACAUCGUCUUUGUGUUGUGGAAAGGAAAUUACUGUUCUUCUCUUCCUUUUGAGUUUAAUAAAUUGACCAACAGUUUUUUUUU